GGUCCUCACACCCCUGUACCUCCACAGACUCACCUGGCCUGGGAGUGUCUCUGGUGGGAUCAGCAGGCUCCAGGCUCGUGGCCCCGCCCUCAGGAGGCUCAGCUCCAGCACCAUGAAGGGCAUCCUGGUCCUCGGUCUCCUCGCAGCGCUCGCUGUGGCCCCCGGAGGGUCCCUGGACUGUCCGCAGUGCUCCUCAUUUGAUUCCUCCUGUGAUGGCAGUGUUGUCUCUGAGUGUCCUGCGGACGCCAGCACCAGCUGUGUCGUUUCCUAUGCCGGCUGGCCUGCAGCCUCACCUCCCACAGGUUUCCAGAACCUGGCCUGCUCCGAUAUCGACGCCGCAUUGUUGUCUACAACCAGAAUCGAGGCUUUAGUAUCCUUCUAUGUCCGGGUAGCUGAUGGAGAAACAGCCUGGUUGUCAAGCCGUAUCUGCAAUGGUGGACCCUGCAAUAGCAUCAGCCCCUCCCCCCCAGGCUCAGAGACAGGAUGGGCUGUCGGGGCAGACCUGGGGGUCUGGGUCUUCAGUGGUGACCAGGGUGGUGUGGAGGCCAGGAUGCAGUCGCUCCAUCCUGACAGCAUGGUCGUGAUAAGGCCUCUUCCCUUGCAGACGUUCCGACUGAAGAGACCGGCGACACACAGUGCCCUGGUUGUAUAG